AUGCCGUCCAAAAAGGACCCGAAGAAAUCAGUCAAGACGUCUCGUCGUAAACUGAAGAAAAUGCAACGCACCGAGUCCACCCAAACGAAGAAUAAAAUCAACAAUGAGAAAAAGCCACGAAAGAAUUUUACUGUUUCACAAAAAGUGAUUCCAGUUUCAAAACGCAAGAACAAGCCAAGCGCAGUCACUCGGGCCUUAUCCACCAACGGUCAACUCAAUGGCAAGGUGAUCUAUUCUAAAGCACAAACAGCACGGGGCAGAGAAGUCUCUUCGUACAAGACUUCCGUCAAAGCUAUGAAAAAAAUGAGACAACAAGGUAUUCCAAUGAAAGUCAUUCAAAAGCAACUGAGGGAUAAGAGAGAAAAAGAUCGAAAAGCUCUCAAGAAGAAAAACAAGAAACUUGGGGUUGAGUGA